CCGACGCUCCGCAGCCCGCUGGCGAUUCUGCGGGGACGCUCCGCCGAGCGAGGAUGGAGAAGCGGGGUCGGAGCUCCUCCAGAGAGGCCCAGGCCCGAGACGGCGGGUCCCCGCCCAAGGAGAGCAAGAAGGCGAAGGCCGAGAGGGGCGGCCGAGGCCGGGGGCGCCGGGAGGCCGGGCGCGAGCGGCCGGGCCUCGGGCGGGGAGGGGCCGCGGGGGAGCCCCGAGCGGCGACAACCACCGUGGUGGACGUGGACGAGGUCCGGGGCUCCGGCGAGGAGGGCACCGAGGUGGUGGCGCUGCUGGAGAGCGAGCGGCCCGAGGAAGGUACCAAGUCUUCCAGUUUAGGGGUCUGUGAGUGGCUUCUUGUCCUCACAUCCCUGCUCUUUGUCAUCGUGACCUUCCCUUUUUCUAUCUGGUUCUGCAUAAAGGUUGUACAGGAGUAUGAGAGAGUAAUUAUAUUCCGACUAGGACAUCUGCUUCCUGGAAGAGCCAAGGGCCCUGGCCUUUUCUUCUUUUUGCCCUGCCUGGAUACCUACCAUAAGGUUGACCUUCGUCUCCAGACCUUGGAGAUACCCUUUCAUGAGAUUGUGACCAAAGACAUGUUUAUAAUGGAGAUAGACGCCAUCUGCUACUACCGAAUGGAAAAUGCUCCUCUUCUCCUAAGCAGUCUUGCUCAUGUGUCCAAAGCUGUCCAGUUCCUUGUGCAAACCACCACGAAGCGUCUCCUAGCACAUCGAUCUCUCACUGAAAUCCUUCUGGAGAGGAAGAGCAUUGCCCAAGAUGUAAAGGUUGCCUUGGAUUCAGUGACCUGUAUAUGGGGAAUUAAAGUGGAGAGAACAGAAAUUAAGGACGUGCGGCUGCCAGCCGGGCUCCAGCACUCGCUGGCUGUGGAAGCCGAAGCUCAGAGGCAGGCCAAAGUGCGGAUGAUCGCUGCAGAAGGGGAGAAGGCUGCCUCGGAGUCCCUCCGGAUGGCAGCUGAGAUUCUGUCAGGCACUCCAGCUGCUGUUCAGCUUCGAUACCUCCACACCCUUCAAUCCUUGUCCACAGAGAAACCUUCCACGGUGGUUUUACCUUUGCCAUUUGACUUGAUAAAUUUCCUGUCUUCUCCUACCAGUAGAACUCAGGGAAGCAUCCCCUUCCCAAAUCCUCCCAAACCUGUGGAGCCACUGAAUCCGAAAAAGAAAGAUUCUCCCAUGUUGUAGGAGGAGCCAAGGAUAACACAACAGAAAGGGGCUGCCACAUGCCCACCAUAUCCCAGAGAGAGGCGCUCUGCCCUUCCUGCCCUUUCUUUGGUUGCCAUAUGGAAUGCCCUUGGAAUGCAUGAUGUCACAAUGCAGCAACCUAAAGGAGUAGGCAGGGAGAUGAUGUAAUACAGAG